GGCUGUUGACCUUUGGCACAGUUUAUUCUGCAGUGUUGAACCAGCAGCAGAUCCAAGAUGAACCGAGCAUUCAACAAAUCCAGCCUCAAGCAGCUGACCGGCCUCCUCCAAAGGUUUCAGAGCACCUUGGUGGUUGCAGAGCACAAUAAUGACAAGUUGACACCCAUCACACUCAAUGCCAUCACUGCUGCCAGCAAACUCGGAGGAGAGGUGUCCUGUCUGGUUGCUGGGACCAACUGUGCAAAGGUUGUCGAGCAAAUCAGCAAAGUACAAGGAGUGAAGAAGGUUUUGGUGGCCCAGCAUGAUUCAUACAAAGGUGCCCUGCCCGAGGAGUUGACUCCAUUAAUCUUGGAGACACAAAAACAGUUCAACUUUACUCACAUCUGUGCUGGCGCAUCUGCUUUUGGAAAGAACCUUCUUCCCCGAGUGGCGGCGAAACUGGAUGUUGCCCCAGUUUCUGAUAUUAUUGAAAUCAAAUCUCCAGACACUUUUGUCAGGACGAUUUAUGCAGGAAAUGCCCUCAGCACAGUGAAAUGUAACGAGCCGAUCAAGGUGUUCACUGUCAGAGGGACGUCUUUUGAAGCAGCUGCCAUUGAGGGUGGAAGCGCCGCAUCGGAAGAAGUGUCCUCCACCUCUCCCUGCGGGGUCUCCGAGUGGCUGGAGCAGAGUCUGACCAAGAGCGACCGUCCAGAACUGACCAGCGCGAAGGUCGUGGUGUCAGGAGGAAGGGGCUUGAAGAGUGGAGACAACUUCAAGCUGCUGUACGACCUCGCCGAUAAGCUGAAUGCUGCAGUCGGUGCAUCCAGAGCUGCCGUAGACGCCGGAUAUGUCCCCAACGACAUGCAGGUUGGACAGACUGGAAAGAUUGUUGCACCCGAGUUGUACAUUGCUGUCGGGAUCUCUGGAGCCAUCCAACACUUGGCUGGAAUGAAAGACAGCAAGACUAUUGUUGCCAUCAACAAGGACCCCGAGGCUCCCAUUUUCCAGGUGGCUGACUACGGCUUAGUGGCUGAUCUCUUCAAGGCUGUUCCUGAGAUGACCGACGCUCUCAACAAGUAAGGAAGCAACACCAGCUGAAACCUGCAGCCGGAGCAGAUCCGCAGGGGACUCCCGACAACCGUCCCGGCCUUAAAACACUUCUGAAGCUGUUCCUCAACAUCUUCUCUGUAACCUGCAUCAGAUAAAAUCUCAACCGAGGGGAAAAGCGUACAUACCAGUUUUUAUAAAUACUGUAUGUGUUCAAUAUCAGUGGGUGAUACGUUGUACUUACCUUGGCAGGGCGGUGUUGUUUUGCUUUUGGUAGUACAGCUGUUGUAAUUUGUAUUUAAUUUUUGUAGAGCACGGUAAGACCUCUUUGGGAAUGCUUGAUCCUUCAUCCUAACAUAAAGCUGUGCUUGCAUGAGCGAUGCCUUUUGGAGAAUAAUCCUAAUAAACGGUGUAACUGCAUACCACAGACCUGUCAUUAUUUGCCAUGUUUUCAUUUUAUUGGGUUUAUUUUAUGUUGCAGUGCUGCCUCCAUAAACGUAGAAAGGGUCUGUUGACAGUACAAUAAACAGUUUGCAAUAUGGUGGCAAAUCUGAAA